GGCGGCUAGGGCGGCAGUAGCGGCGGGAGUAGAGGCUUGCAGCGGUGCUGAAGAGCCGAGAGCGCGGCGCGGCCUAGAGCGGCAGGCAGUGCACUGGGCCCAGGAGGAGGCGCAGCAGCCGCCCUGGGCCGUCAUGGAGAUGGAAAAGGAGUUCGAGCAGAUCGACAAGGCCGGGAGCUGGGCGGCCAUUUACCAGGAUAUCCGACACGAGGCCAGUGACUUCCCAUGUAGAGUGGCCAAGCUUCCUAAGAACAAAAACCGAAACAGGUACAGAGAUGUCAGUCCCUUUGACCAUAGUCGGAUUAAACUCCAUCAGGAAGAUAAUGACUACAUCAAUGCCAGUUUGAUCAAGAUGGAAGAAGCCCAAAGGAGUUACAUUCUUACCCAGGGCCCUUUGCCUAACACGUGCGGUCACUUUUGGGAGAUGGUGUGGGAGCAGAAAAGCAGGGGCGUUGUCAUGCUCAACAGAGUAAUGGAGAAAGGAUCGUUAAAAUGUGCUCAGUACUGGCCACAAAAAGAAGAGAAAGAAAUGAUCUUUGAAGACACAAAUUUGAAAUUAACCUUGAUCUCUGAAGAUAUUAAGUCCUAUUACACAGUACGGCAGCUGGAAUUGGAAAACCUUACAUCUCAAGAAACUCGAGAGAUCUUACAUUUCCACUAUACCACGUGGCCUGACUUUGGAGUCCCCGAAUCGCCAGCUUCAUUCCUGAACUUUCUUUUUAAAGUUCGUGAGUCGGGGUCACUGAGCACGGAGCACGGCCCUGUCGUGGUGCACUGCAGUGCUGGCAUCGGCAGGUCGGGCACCUUCUGUCUGGCUGACACCUGCCUCUUGCUGAUGGACAAGAGGAAAGACCCUUCUUCUGUCGACAUCAAGAAAGUUCUGUUAGAAAUGCGGAAGUUUCGGAUGGGGCUGAUCCAGACAGCAGACCAGCUCCGUUUCUCUUACCUAGCUGUGAUCGAAGGUGCCAAAUUCAUCAUGGGAGACUCUUCAGUGCAGGAGCAAUGGAAGGAGCUUUCCCAUGAGGAUCUGGAGCCCCCACCCGAACACGUCCCCCCUCCGCCCCGGCCCCCCAAACGCAUCCUGGAGCCACACAAUGGGAAGUGCAAGGAAUUCUUCCCCAACCACCAGUGGGUAAAGGACGAAACCGGGGAGGAUAAAGAAGACUGCUCUAUCAAGGAAGAAACCAGAACCCCUCUAAAUGUCCCUUGCGGCGUGGAAAGCACGAGUCCAGACACUGAAGUCAGAAGGCGGGCCGUGGGGGCAGGUCCUGCCCAGGGGGAGCCCUCGCCGCCCAAGGAGAAGCAGGACCCGGCGCUGACUCCCUGGAAGCCCUUCCUGGUCAACAUGUGCAUGGCCACGGUCCUCACGGCCGGCGCGUACCUCUGCUACAGGGUAUGUUUUCACUGACGGACAUGCUGGCAAGACCGUGGGUACAGAAAGCACUGGCCGACAGCCCGGCGUUAGCAUUCAGUGCUGUGGAAGGAUCUGAGCCAGUCUCAGAAGAAACAGAGCAAAGGUUUUUAAAGGCUGGAACUGUGAAGGGCUAGCAAGAGAGAAUUGAGGAUUGAUGCACUGGGGUUUUAAGGAGCCCUGUGAUCCCAAGAAUAUAUAAGAGUCUAAUCUCAGGGCCUUAACCUAUUCAGGAGUAAGUAGAGAAAAUGCCAAAUAUCUCUCUCUCUCUCUCUCUCUCUUUUUUUGUUACUGUUGUUUGUUUUUGAAAAAAAAAAUAAUAGAAUUACAACACAUUGUUGUUUUUAACCUUUAUAAAAAGCAGCUUUUGUUAUUUCUGGAAAAAAAAAGAGACUAGGCACUUACGAAACUUCCUUGUACCCUUAGGUGGUGUCAGCAGAUACACAGUUUAUAUUGGAUUUCCCAGGGAAAGAUUUCCCGUGCUUUUACGAAUGUAAAAUCCUUUGGAGAAGAGGGUUUAAGGGUUCAGGGCGCCGUCUUGCUCAGUCGCUUCCUCUGCUGUGCGCACACUGAGCUAGGACAGCGCCUGUGAGCUUCCCCAUUUUUAGAAGAGAAGCAACAGAAGGCCAUCUCGAGGAAACAAAGCCCAGCUUCUGCUUUUGCUCAGGGUGUCCCACCAGUUUCCCAUUGCUCAUUUCUCCAUCCAUCCCUUCUCGCUCCGGCCAUCUGGGUCAGGCCCUGCCCUCGUCGCCCCACCUCCACAAACGGGGUUCCCCCAGGCCCCUGCGUCAGGGUCUGAGGUCACAGCAGGGUGGCCACCACUUCUCAACCUGCCGUUGAGGUCCCGAAGGAACAGUUUCCACUUCCUUCGGAAUAGAAAUGCUGUUGCCGUAGAAAUCCACACGCAAGAUGCGUGUCGCUGUUAAUGUGCAGGGAAGGCGGAGGGUUAGCCUCAGAACUCUAGUCAUGGAAGUCACUUCACAGGACUUUUUAAAAAUCAUUUUAAAAAUAUUUUGUCUUUUUUUGCAAGCGGCCAUCUUUGAGUACAUCGGAUGGUUUAGCAAUGUGUAAACAAUGCUUUCCCUAGGGGUGAUUUUUGGGGAGGCGGGCUGUCCUAAAAGAGAAACGAACCCCCUUCGCUGGAGGCUGGGGAGGCCGGGAUAGUGCGUGAGUCUGCCGCUCUGCGGGGGUGGGUCCGGGCUCAUCUGAAAAUGUUUGGUUUCAUUCCAGUUCCUGUUCAGCAGCAGCACAUAAUCUGACCCACCUCCACUCCACCUCCACCCCACUGUCCGCCUCCGCUGCUAGAGCCCACGGGCGCCUGGCAGGCAGGCCGUGCUCGGUAAGGGCCGAGGACAGCGUAGCCAGCCGGGACCUGGACGGACGUUUGUUCUGCACUAAAACCACCCUCCCCGGGCUGUUGGUUCUCACUUCUUUUGACUCUGUUUCCCCUCCCUUUACUUCGAGUAUCCAGUCCACUACCCAUUUUUUGAGGAGAGCAAAGGAGAGUCCGGUGCUGGUGGCCUGUGCGAGUCACGAGGCCCACCCCGCCGCGUGCUCCCCCUUGGUGUGGCCCAGUGCAGCCCGGGUAGGCAGCACCCAGUGUCCUCCCCCCUAGACCUCCACGGAGACCGUGUGCAGUGAGCCUCUCCACUCCAUAUUUAUUUUUUUGUUUUUGUCUUUUUUUCCCAAAGGCAUCCAUAGUGCACUAGCAUUUUCUUAAACCCAUAAUGUAUUAAAAAUUUUUGAUGUCAGCCUUGCAUCAGGGGCUUUAUCAAAAAGUACAAUAAUAAACCCUCAGGUAGUGCUGGGAACGUAAGACUUUGCCAUGAGCCUGCUGCAUCAGACCAGUACUAGGAAGGUGGACGGUUGUAAGCAGUCGUUAUUUCGUGACAUUGUGGGUAACGUGAGAAGAGGUUUGGCAUAUGUUUAUAGAACAUGGGAUAAUAUAUACUGAACCCUUGGAUACUUAAGAUACAUGACGUGAGAUGACUUUGACCCAGUUAUCCCCUCCCAGUAUCUGCUAGAACCUUGUUCUUAAUCACUGCUUUCCCUGUGUGUAUUAGAAUGCAUGUUCGGUCGUCUUGUGCCCCAAUCAGAUACCACGUGCUUGAAACACUUAGCUCUCUGCUUAUUAAUGUGCCCCCAUGUACAAGUCCAAUCUACCUUUGCAUGAUCUGAUCAUUAACAUGGCUGUGGUUCCUAAGACUUGCUAAAAUCCGCCAUUCAGCAGUGGAGUGAUGUUUUCCAGUAACGGAUAUUUGCCGAAUUCCUGGCAUGACACUCUGGUGACUUCCUGGUGAGGCCCGGCCUGGCCUUGUCCAGCUGAGGCCCACUGUAACUCACACAUUCCAAGGGUAUGGGAAGCCGUAGUCACACCUCACGCUCUGGACAUAUAGGCAAGCAGGGUCCCCCCCAACACCCUGGGGAUCAGCUUCCAUGGUCAGAAGUUCACGCCCCUUUCUAGCAGACUGUGAUUUGGAACCAAGGCAACUGUUGGAAACCACACGCCCAAAGCAAUCUGGGUGACAGUCCCUCGGAGUCCGCCUGCCACCGUCCCAGAUUGGGGGCCUUGCUGAGAGCCACGUCUGCCCCUGCCCUUGAACCCUGGGGACUGAUGGUGCUCACGACUCUUCCUGCAAGGGAGCUUAAGACCUCCACAUUAAGUGGCUUUUUUAACAAGAAAAACAAAACAAAACAAAAAACAAGGCAGCUGUAGCUCACAAGCUGCUCUUUUGCCAGCAUUUUCACAUUUUGCCUUUCCCAUGUUAGAAGCCCAUGCAGAGCAACUCUGCGGUGGGAACAUUCGAGGCAUCGCUCCGCAGAGCCUUGGUGAGGUGUGGGUGAGGCUGAGGUGCCAGGCUGGAGGCGUUUUUGAGUUGGGCUUGUUUGUUUGUUUUUUGAAGUCCUGUAUAUGUAUGUAGUAGUUUGGGUGUGUAUAUAUAGUAGCAUUUCAAAAUGGAUAUACUGGUUUAACCUCCUAUCCUUGGAAAACAGAUGGCUCUCCAUCUUGUUACACGUGUGUUAGAGAAGUAGCGAGCUGCUCUGCUAUAUGCCUUAAGCCAAUAUUUACUCAUCUGGUCAUUAUUUUUUACAAUGGCCAUGGAAUAAACCAUUUUUACAAAAAUAAAAACACACAAAAAAAGCAAGGUGUUUCGGUAUAAUACCUUUUCAGGUGUGUGUAUACAUGGCUGCAUGAUGGGGGGUGGGGGGCGCGCAUCUCAGGGUCUUCUGUGACCUCACAGAACUGUCAAACUGUACAGAUUCCCAACUUGCCAUAUAAAUGAUGGGUUUGCAUUUUAGUUGCAACAAUAAAAUUUUUUUUCUAAAGAA